GCCUGCUGGUCACAUGCGUACAUAGCUUAGCAUCGCGCUAUAAAUAGCAUGCUUCUCUCCCUUCCAGCCAUCACACAACGAUCUAGUUCGCUCUACUGAUCGAGAGUCGUCGAGACUCGACUCGACACGGGGCAGUAGUACACUACACGUACAAAGCUCACAACCAAGAGGUGUCAUGGCUGCCAAGAGCACCAUGAUUCCUUCCCUUGUCCUCCUCAUCGCGCUGCUGCUCUCGUGCAGCGGCAUUAGCGGCGCAGCGCGGCUGCUGGAGGAGGCGGAGUACCCGCACCCUGCCACGCCGGCGGAGCUGCCAAAGCCCGAGCUGCCGCCGCACCCCACGGUGCCGGAGCUGCCGAAACCCGAGGUGCCAGCACACCCCGCCACGCCAGAGCUGCCCAAGCCUGAGAUACCUGAGCACUUGCCGGAGUUGCCCAAGCCCGAGCUGCCUCCUCCUCACCCAGCUGCGGUGCCUGAACUGCCCAAGCCUGAGGUAGUACCCGAACACCCCGCCGUUCCAGAGCUGCCGAAGCCCGAGCUGCCUCCUCACCCCGCCGUCCCGGAGCUGCCAAAGCCCGAGGUGCCGGCGGCGCACCCCACCGUGCCGGAGCUUCCGAAGCCCGAGCUGCCUCCUCACCCCACGGUGCCAGAGCUGCCAAAGCCGGAGGUGCCAAAGCAUGAGCUGCCACCAAAGCCCGAGAGCCACUAUCCGGUGCCAGAGACCAAGCCGUGAUCGGACUAGUACUGCAUGCACAUAUGCGUCGCUGUCGCCCACGUCGUGUACUUGUCUGUGUAUGAUGGUGUAAUAUUUGUAUGUUUGAUUGUUUGUGAUUUUGUGCUAGCUAGGAGUGUGACAUUUCAGUGUUUUACUUGUACGUUGUGCCCCUUUAGUUUUUCCUUUGAUUUUGUACUUGGCCUUUAUGUACUAUAUAUAUUUAUGAAUAAUGUUACGUUCAUGUUGUAGUUACA